GCGCACGCACCCGGCUAGCAGAGCACGGUGGCACCGGCUUCCUCGGCAGGCACGCAACGUCGCGCACUAUGGCGUCGCUCUGAGUUCACUCACACGCCAGUUGUGUACAUACCUUACCGGCAAUCCGUCACCAUCGACGCCUUGAUAAUGGACCUCCGGUCCAGGGGCUAUUUUCGGGGCCAUCGGAAUCAUCAAUAGUACUCGUCAAGGACGAAAUUGCUUGAUUUUUGUCAGCACUCUCCCUGUUGCACGCCCCGGGAUUUCAUCAAGUGACAGAGCCGGUUAGCCGCAGCUAGCUCGCUAAAUCAGUUGCCGAAGAAGGGCAUCUCGGUUUGUGUUGGACCUAAAAAAGUCAAGACACCGGGCAGUGACAAUACCGCGAAUCCCGGAGAGGACCCGACGAGAGGCCGACUCCCGGGUUGCAAUUCAGCCGCGCCUUCACACGUUAUCUUGGUUGGCAACACACCGCCACCCUAAUGCAGAACCAUAAAAGAACGUGAAAUGAAUAAACCACCGCAGCCUAUACCGGGACCCACCUCUGUCCCAAACCCCGCCCCCUCCCCCGGAUUGACGCAGGCCGCCUACGGACCCGGGCAGCCCCAGUCUCUUGUUUUCGCCGCACCUUCACCCCCUCAGAUGAACUCGGCUCCCCAGCAGAGACAGUUUGCCGCAGGGUCCCGUACGUUACACCAACAGGGUUAUUAUUCGCACCAUCCUCCGAUGCCCGCCAGCACGCCGAGGGUCCAACCGGGCCCUCGACCCCCCGUACCCUCCCACGUCUACCCGACGACCCCACAGAUGAUGAUCAUCCCCCAACAGCAGCUCUCGUUCGCUGGCUCCCCUCAGAGUUACUUCAUGGCCUCUGGACAGUACCGACCCCCAUACAUGCCACCUACUCAGCAGUAUCCCGUGACCAGCGGGACUGCCGGCUUCUAUGCGGGAACCAGCCCUGCUGAUUACUCCGGCUACGCAGCAGCAUACUACCCGGCUCAGCCGCCGUACUCUGCGUCUGUCCAGCCCGCACAGGUCAUUAUCAACUCUGCCCAGCAACAGCAACCAGCCCCCCCUCCUCAGCAGCCUCCGGCACCGACACAAGGCCCACCAAAGAGGGAACGUAAACCGGUAGUGUGUCCCAACAAAAGGGCAGCGGACCUCUUGUCUGAGAUCAGAAUACGCGACCCCAACCGGGGCGGACAAGAUAUCACGGAGGAGAUCAUGUCUGGCGCAAGGUCCGCCACUACGCCGACUCCACCGCAAGCCAACACCACAGAAGCCGGACCCGCACAGACUAACGGUGAAGUCAUUCCGCCUGUUACAGCAGCCACAAGAUCAGAUGACAACCUCGAGCUGGUCGGCAACGUUGAAACCCCCCCACCACCACCUCCUCCCGCCACAAACCCCGAACCCGCGUUUGAGGCCUCACAGGAAGCAGACAACCAGAACGCGCCGGCCGCAGAAUCGGAACCUGACGCCUCCGACCCGGCUCCCGAGGUGGCGACCCAACUGGCGGAGGAGCGGCCAGUUCCCUCUCUCCUCCCACCCGUUACAGCGGCCUCCUCCUGCGCGGAGGAAGUUGAAGUCCACGCUGACGUCGCUGACUCGGUCGACGCUCCCGUCUGCCCCGCUCCUUCGACGGCUCAAGAGGAGGAACCGCCGGCCGCUUCGGCCCCGUGCGAGAAAGCGCCAGAAACGCAACAAGCGGAGGAAGUGCAUGAGGAAGAGGAAGAGUCCUCCGAGGUCAAAGCAGUCGAGCCUGUUGGUGAACUUGCAGAAGUCGUAGCCCCCAUUGAUUCGGAAACACAGGAAAUGCCUACAGAGAUGGCGACGGAAGCGCCUCAGUCUUCCGUCUCGCCGCAGGAGCCCGCCGCUUCGACGACUCCAAAUGCCGAGCCCCAACCCGAAGCCACGCCGGCCGAACCGGCGGAGCCUCCUCUCUCCAACGGCCUCCCUCAGGAUGUGGAGGAACUCGCCGAAGAAGACACUACGCCCUGCGACCAGCCGGACACUUGUCAAUCUCAGGAAUCUGAACCUGUGGCUAAAACUGCAGUGCCGGUCGUGGAGGAGAUGGAGCUCGAGGAGAAGGAGAAGGAGGUGCUGCUGGUGGCGGCGGCGGCGGAAGAGAAAAAUAAGGAAGCUGUCAAGGUGGCAAAAAGUGAGGACGUCCCUCCUGUCGCUGUAAACUCUCCUACAGAGGAAUUUACUAUGCAAGCUGCUACGUCUGUGCCAAAGAAGAGGAGGAACAUGAAGGAAAUCAACAAGAAGGAGGCCAUCGGAGACCUCCUCGAUGCCUUCACAGAGGAGCCGGAUGCCAAGCCCGCCUCUGAGCCCCCGUCCACUCAGGCCGACCCCGUCCCUGUUGCUCCAGCUGAACCUCCCGCCGAGGUGAUAGAUGAGACCUGGGAGGAGAAAGAGGACAAGCAGAAUGCAGAACCGCAAUCCAGUGACAAGAAAUACCAAGACAAAGAAGAACACUGGAAGCCAAUGAACCCCGAAGACAAAAAGCGCUACGACCGAAAGUUCCUGCUGGGCUUCCAGUACAACAGCGUCAGCAUGAACAAACCCGAAGGACUGCCCGUCAUCAACGACGUGGUUCUGGACAAGGUGAUCAAGCCUUCGCAGCGGCCCACGGAGCCAAUUCGAACGAUGAACGUUGGCAUGGAUUUCACCCCCUCGUAUUUGGGCAACCUGGGCAGCAGAUCAGUCGGCGGACUGCGCGGACCCCCCCCCGGGCCACGGCGUUCCCAGCAGGGUCAGCGGAAAGAGCCACGGAAAAUCAUCACCAGCAUGUCACUCAACGACGACGUGCAGCUCAACAAAGCGGAGAAAGCCUGGAAGCCCUCGACCAAGAAGAGCAGCCGCGGCCGUGGCGAGGAGGAACCGGCGGCGACUACCGACGAAGAGCUCACCCCCGCACAGGCCCAAACGCAAGAGAUCUUGAAGCGACUGCGCAGUAUCCUCAACAAACUGACGCCGCAGAAGUUCCAGGACCUGAUGAAUCAGGUGAAGGAGCUGAGCAUCGACACGGAGGAAAGGCUGAAGGGCGCCAUCGACCUCAUCUUUGAGAAAGCCAUCUCAGAGCCCAGCUUCUCCGUGGCCUAUGCCAACAUGUGCCGCUGCCUUUCGGGGUUGAAAGUCCCCGCCACAGACAAACCAGGAUUUAUGGUCACCUUCCACAAACUGCUGGUCAACCGCUGCCAGAAAGAGUUUGAAAAGGACCAGGAUGACGACGUGUUCUUUGAGAAAAAGCAGAAAGAGAUGGAGGCCGCCAAAGAGGAGGAUCGUGAGCGCUUGCGCCUGGAGCUCGAGGAGGGCCGAGACAAGGCCAGGCGGCGCUCGUUGGGCAACAUCAAGUUCAUCGGGGAACUUUUCAAGUUCAAGAUGCUAACGGAAGCCAUCAUGCACGACUGUGUGGUCAAACUACUGAAGAAUCACGACGAAGAGUCUCUGGAGUGUCUGUGCAGGCUGCUCUCCACCAUUGGCAAAGACCUGGACUUUGAGAAAGCCAAGCCUCUUAUGGAUCAGUAUUUCCAUCAAAUGGGAAAGAUCAUCAAAGAGAAGAAAACAUCAUCCCGAAUCCGCUUUGUGAUGCAAGAUGUCUUGGACCUCAGACGGUGUAACUGGGUGCCCCGUCGAGGAGACCAGGGUCCUAAAACCAUCGAGCAGAUCCACAAGGACGCAGAGAUGGAAGAGCACAGGGAGCAGAUCAAAGUCCAGCAGCAGCUCAUGUCCAAAAAGGACACAGGUGGAGGAGGAGGAGGCGGCGGUGGCGGCAGGAUGGGUGGAGGCAUGGGCGGCCGGGGUCCUCACACGCAGGGAGGCGGUCGGGGCAGCCAACCCCAGGAUGAGGGCUGGAACACGGUGCCCAUCACCAAGAGGCCCUACGACACCGCCCGCCUCAAGAUCACAAAGCUCGACAAUCCGGACCUCAACAAUCAGCGGUUGGCUCCGUUAGGCAAAAGCUGGGGCAAAGGUAGCAGCGGAGGAACGGGAGUCAAAACCGUAACUGGAGACCAAGGUAACUCUGGUCGGCCGACGACCAGCACCGUGAACCGCUUCGGUGCCCUGCAGCAGUCCAGCUCCUUGUCCUCCGACUCGGAUCGUAGAGCUCCACAGAGGCCGAGCUCCAGCCGUGAGCGAGGCGGCGACAGAGAGCGGGCGGAUCGGGACCGAGAUCGAUUCGACCGCUUUGACCGCGACGACAGAAGCAGUCGAAGCCAAAUCACCAAGCGGAGCUUCAGCAGAGAAACGGAGGAGCGCGGCGGGAGGGCCGGCGAGAACAAGCCUACCAACGAGCCCGUGCGCCGCGUGGCCAGCAUGACGGACAGCCGGGACCGGGGCAGCCGGGACCGGGGCAGCCGGGACCGGGGCAGCCGGGACCGGGGCAGCCGGGACCGGGGCAGCCGGGACCGGGGCAGCAGAGAUGGACGAAGCCCGGACAUAGGCCCGAGCAAAGACCUUCCGGCGAAGCGCGAGAGUGCACCCGCUCCUUCUCUUCCUAAACCGGCAUUGACAGAAGAGGAGCUUGAGAAGAAGUCCACGGCCAUCAUCGAAGAGUACCUCAACAUCAACGAUUUGACGGAGGCGCUGCAAUGCGUGAGCGAGCUCAACAGCAGCGCCUUGCUCUACGUGUUUGUGCGGCAGGGCGUGGAGGCCACGCUAGAACGCAGCAGCAGCGCUCGCGAGCACAUGGGCACCUUGCUACACAAACUCACCAGUUCGGGGACCAUGCCCGUUGCGCAGUAUUUCAAAGGACUCCUCGAGAUCCUGGAGAUCGCCGAAGACAUGGCCAUAGACAUACCUCACAUCUGGCUCUACCUGGCUGAAAUCAUCACCCCCAUGCUCCUUGAAGGCGGCAUCCCGAUGGGACAGCUCUUCGGGGAGAUCGCCAAGCCGCUCUUGCCCCUGGGGAAGGCCGACGUGCUGCUCGUGCAAAUCCUCCACUCGCUCUGCAAAGGGAUGACUCGCGGUAAGGUCGGCAGCCUUUGGAAAGAGGCAGGACUGAACUGGAGCGACUUCCUGGCCAAGGACGAAGACGUCGACAAGUUUGUCACAGAGCAGAAAGUGGAAUUCACAACAGGCAAGGCGCAGGAGUCCAAGGAGAGCACUAAAAAUUUGCUGAGUGGGGACGCGCUCAGGCAAGAGUUGGACCGCCUCCUUCGCGACAAGGCCAGCGACCAGCGGAUCAAAGACUGGGUGGAGGCCAACCUGGAUAAGCAGCAGAGCUCCUCCAACCAUUUUGCACGUGCGCUCAUGACCGCCGUGUGCCAGUUGGCCAUCAUCGGAGACCCGUACAAGGUGGACGUGCCGCUGAUCCACAACAGAGCCGUCCUGCUGCAGGGCUUCCUGAGCGACGAGCAGAAGGAGCUGCAGGCGCUCUACGCCCUGCAGGCACUCAUGGUGCAAAUGGAGCAACCUGCAAACCUCCUGCGUAUGUUCUUUGACACGCUGUACGACGCCGACGUCAUCAAGGAGGAUGCCUUCUACAAGUGGGAGUCCAGCAAAGACGCGGCGGAGCAAAACGGCAAAGGCGUGGCCCUCAAGUCCGCCACUGCCUUCUUCAGUUGGCUGCGCGAGCCCGACCCUGAGGAACAGUUGGACAAGGACUGAAUGAAACGCUGCCGCCGCCGGCCGCCCACCGUUGGCCCGAACGGCGAGUAGGUAGCGACUCGAGGGACGAUCUUGCCGACGAGGCAGACUCCAAAUCAAAAUCCUCAAUGAGGAAAAAUAUCUUUAUUUUUUUGUUGUUGUUGUUGAGGGAUGGACUCAGAAAACAAUCGGUUCUCUCCUCCCUUCCGCCUCUCUUCCUUCAAUGUUCCCCACUCACUGACCUGCUCUCCUCGUGAAAUAAACUUGACAAGUAAUUCAGCAGGAUGGCUCAUGCAGGUUGUGACAUAUUCCCGCCACAUCACCACACUGCAGACCUUUUUUUUUUUUUUUUUUCCUUUUUUGGACCGAUCACUGAGAUGAUUGUCAGUAGUGGUUCUUCACGCAGCAUAACAGAAGUAUGUUUCUAAAAAGCAACAUCACCUUGUUGGCUGGCUUCCUCCCCUCUGCCCCCCCCCCCCCCCCCCCCGCCUUUUUUUUUUAUUCAUGCUGGGAUUUUAAGAGGACGGGCAAAUGCGGUGUGAUCACAAUGCUUCCUCGCCAUCACGUCGACUGACUCUUGGUCUCUGUUAGCUCUGCUGCAGAGGGACACUUCACCACCCAAUCGCCAUUAAAACUUGAAAUCUAUAGAAAUUGACUUGACGCGUUAUAGAAAGGUAAAGCAGAAAAUAUCCGGAAGCCUUUUUCUACAUCAAGUGGGAAACUCCUUUCUGGAGCAUUCUGUAAAUAUAUACUAAUUGAAAACAUUUUUUUUUUGUUUUGUGGUUAUUUUUGAAAUAAUGCAGUUGUCCGGAUGCAGAGAGGUGCUUUAGAUAAUUCUUUGAUUAGUUUUAUUGGAAUUUUGUAAAUAUCUUUUUUUUUUGCUUUCUUUAUUUAAGAAAUUUUGGCUUCUUUUGCAUCGGAAACUGGAAAGAUGAGGAACAUUGCAAAUAAAGGACUUAUUAAGUUGCA